AUAGCUAAUGCUUGGGAGGAGGAGGAUGAAAUUGUUUUAAUCACAUGCCGCCUUGAGAAUCCAGAUUUAGACAUGGUCAAUGGGCCUGUCAAAGAAAAGCUUGAAAACUUCAAAAAUGAGCUGUACGAGAUGAGAUUCAAUUUAAAAACUGGUCUAGCAUCCCAGAAGAAACUAUCAGAAUCAGCUGUGGAUUUUCCCAGGGUGAAUGAGAGCUACACUGGCAGGAAGCAGCGUUAUGUGUAUGGAACCUUACUGGACAGCAUUGCAAAGGUGACAGGGGUAGUGAAGUUUGACCUGCAUGCUGCACCAGAGCUUGGAAAAACAAAAAUUGAGGUUGGAGGAAACGUCCAAGGCCUCUAUGACCUGGGACCUGGCAGAUUUGGCUCUGAGGCUAUUUUUGUCCCUCGUGUUCCCGGAGUUACCUCUGAAGAAGAUGAUGGCUACUUAAUAUUCUUUGUACAUGACGAGAAAACUGGAAAAUCAUCAAUCCAUGUAAUUGAUGCAAAGACAAUGUCAUCUGACCCGGUCGCAGUUGUUGAAUUGCCACAUAGAGUUCCAUAUGGUUUCCAUGCCUUCUUCGUCACAGAGGAGCAAUUGCAAGAACAAGCAAAGCUCUAAUUGCUCGAUCAUUGAAAGAACCUGCAAGAGAAAGGCAGAGCUGUGUAAAUUGAACCUGUUGUGUAGAUGGUGUGCUUCACAUCUCCACCAAUAAUACAUGUAUACAAAGCAUUCCACUGUGCUUAAUUACUUGGACACAAAAAAGAACGCACAUCAAUGGGGUUAUAUAAUGGCCCUACUGUUUUCGCUUACACGACUUUGAAGGCAUUUUUAUUGAGCAAACCUUUCUUAAUAGCAAGGGAUUUGUUUUGUUGCUUUCAA